AUGAUGGACAAUGCUUCCAUUAAUCCCCGCACGGUGUUCCCGCAGGGGCCCAGCUUUACCUUGGAAGACUUCUCCAGUCAAGACUUCAUUGUGAAGGAGUUCAUCGAGGCCCUCUCCGACACUGCCACCUCCACACGCCGCUCCAUAGCCAACACCAGCAACCAGACAUUCGACCCCAAGCCCCUCAUCCGCACCUUUGAAAGCGCCCAACGCCGUCUGAGCGAACUCUCCGGCGACCUCGAGCUCCGCGAAAAUGAAUUGUCCGCCGCAGUCCGCCGCGCGGAAGCGCAACACAGCCAGAACCUCACCACCCUUGGGCAGAAACUCCGACACACCAUCGAGUCGUUCCAGCAGCUGGACACAUCCUUGAACGGGCGCGAUACAGGGGGAACGGGAAAUAUGGCCGUGGAAACGGGAAGGAGACUGGAGGAGCUGGACCGGCAGCGUCGACGAGCGCUGGAUGCGCAUUUCCUCAUUCAAUGCUGGGAUGGGGUCUCGAACCGCGGUGAUCUGUCGUUACUGGAGGGGCUCCGGAGGUCGGGAACGGGCGAGGCCAAGGUGCGCUCGGCGCACAUUGCGCGACAGCUUCUACGCAUCAGUCAGCGAUUGGAUGCGCAGAGCUGGCAGGAGCAUGCGUCUAAUGGAUACGGGAGCUCGUCGGAGGAUCUGAGCGAGAGUCAUACCCCGCGGCAAAACACGAGGGAGAUCAUUGAGAAGUUUUCGGAGACCCUGGAGAAGGACUUGUUGAAGCAGUUUGACGACUUCUAUCGCAAGGCCAACUUCGACGGAAUGAGGGAUUGCGCGACGGUACUACAAGAUUUCAAUGGCGGAGCGAGUGUGAUCGCUCUCUUUGUGAACCAGCACCAGUUCUUCAUUGAUCGCAGCCAGUUGGUCACAGAGGAAGUAGGCGGAGAUCCCGAGUCGUGGGAGAAGCUCGCCGAUCCGGACGCCGAGCUGCCAGGGGUCGAGUCCAGUCUGCAGUCCUUGGUGGAUGAAGUGAAGGUGGUUGUGCAGGAGGAGUCUGCGAUCAUCCGCCGGGCCUUCCCUUACUACGAGCAGGUGUUGGGCAAGUUCUUGCAGCGAGUCUUCCAGCAAUCGAUUCAGCAACGACUGGAGAUGGUCCUGGAGAAGGCCUCUGGUGCAUCGUCUUUGGCCUUCCUCCGUUGUCUACAGAGCUCUAGGGGCUACAUCAGUGCCUUGAUUGAGGAUCUCAAGCAGCAUGGAUUGACCGAGCACCCUGACCCUGUUUCAUCUCACACAGCCGUGCUGCUCGACCAGCAACUGGAGGAGCUGUUUGUACCUUACUUCGUCGGAUCGUCAUACAUUGAGCGUGAGAAGCGGACUUUGGAAGAACUCUUCCAAGCAGUCCUAUUCCGCUUCACGUCCUACCACGCCCGCCGCAAGAAGGCCGCAACGACGUUCAUGGCCUCCAUUCGGGCUGGAUCUGAACUUCUCUCUACCACCCGAGAUGCAUUCAUCAAUCGUCUCGAUUCGCCAGAAGUCUCCCCGAUCCAGCGUAGAGUCCUGCUCAGUGUGGCAAAGAUCGGCGAUACACUUGAGACCACGCGCCUGACGGAGAUCAAACUUUCAGAAGAAAAUGGGCAGCCAAACCUGAGCGAUGCCAAACGAAUGCUCAAAUGGCUCGCUGAGGCUGUGGGCCGUGGACUCGAACUCAGUGUGAACAGUGAUACCCCCAAAGAUGUUUCCGCUAUGCUGAACUUGCUGCUCGUCACGAUGGGAGAUGGGUAUGUGGAUGUCUGUCUGGAUGCCGCUCUGGAAGCGGCUACUUCUCAAGAGUCCGGGAAAGCGGAGCCCGACUUCUCAUAUCUCCUCUCGGUACGGACUACGAUCAGUAUUACCACGUUGAUGGUGAUGUGCGUGCACGCCGUGCUUCUCCCCUUGUCCGCUGGCAGCAUUACCACGCGCCGCGAUAUGGAAAAACGCACGACGCAAACGACCUCACGCAUCGAAGAUAAAAUCAACACCAUCGAGCAGAAGACCAUCGACGCAACACUAACCUGGGUCACUAAACUGCUCUCCGGACAAAAGAAGAACGAUUUCAGACCUCGCGAAAGUGACAGCACCGCCUGGCUUGAGAUGCUGCAAACACCGGUUCGUUCUCAAAUUUUUAAAUCUGGCAUGACACUAACCAGCCCACAGACCUGCACAUCCAUAACAACUUUCCUGACCCGUUUGCACAACAUCGCACGUACGUCACUCCCGUCCAGCGGGGUUAACAUCCGCCAAGUUCUGACGGAAAUUGCACUCGGCACACGCCGCUUGCUGCUCGAGCAUUUCAAGCGCUUUGCUGUCAGCGGUCCCGGAGGCCUCAUGGUGACUAAGGAUAUGACCCAAUAUACCGACUUGUUCAAAUCAUGGGACAUCGACGAUGAAGCUAAGGGCCCCGGUGGCGCGCUGGACGUGUUGCUGGAAGUGGGCAGUUUGUUCGUGAUUGGUGUCGAAGCUCUGAGGGAACGCAUUCGUGGCGGUGCUGCGAGCGGAACCACCGGUGGUUCGGCGAGAAAUGCCAGCCAAGAAGGCAAAUUGAGUGUCCAGGAAGUGAGGGCUUAUGUUUCCAGGCGAGAGGACUCGAAUACACUUGCCAUGCAGCAAGUUCUUAAUGCUCUCUAA